CACAAAUGGUGAACAGUACCCAAAGCUCACAUAGAACCGAUAAUGCGGUGGAGCUAGAUAUGCUUCUAGGAUAUAUGAAAGAACUUAUUAUUCCUUACGUUGAUAGUGCGAGCAAUAAGGAAGCAUCUGUGGUGGAGUAUUAUCCACCUGAAAAGCUCGAGAAAUUAGUUGACUUCUCAUUACCCGAGAAUGGUGGCGGUGUGGAAGGUGCUUUCAAAUCCAUCAAGGAAACGCUGAAAUACAGCGUCAAUGGUUGGAAUCCAAGAUUUAUGGACAAACUUUAUGCUGGUACCAACCCAAUAGGAGUCAUUAGCGAACUCUUGAUUGCUACUUUAAAUUCAAACGUUCAUGUUUACCACGUUUCCCCUGUCAUGACUAUGAUGGAAGUUCAUGUGACACGGGCUGUCGGACAGCUUCUUGGAAUGGGUGCCAACGCAGGUGGUUUAUUGUGUCCAGGAGGAUCUGCUUCAAAUCAGUUAGCCAUGGUUACAGCCCGCAACACCCUCUACCCUUCUAUUAAAGACACCGGCUAUAUGCCUAGACCUUUUAAUCCAUCUGCUGAAUAUGGCAAACUCAAGAUAUUCACUUCGAAACACUCUCACUACAGCAUUGAUAAAUCUGCUCAGAUUAUGGGCCUGGGUGUUGAUAACAUUGUCAAAGUUCCUGUUGAUGAAGAUGGAAAAAUGCAAGUAUCCGCAUUAGAGAAGUGUAUACUGGAAUCUAUCGACCUUGGUGAAACGCCGUUUUUCAUUAAUGCUACGGCUGGAACUACUGUCAUGGGAGCAUUUGACCCGAUUCAAGCGAUUUCGGCCAUUGCUAAAAAAUACAAUUGCUGGUUACAUGUUGACGGCUCUUGGGGAGGAUCCGUCGUAUUUUCAGAAAAGGUCAUGAAUGAAAAGUCUUGGUUGGUUGGUUCACACUUGGCCGAUACAUUCACUUUAAACCCACACAAACUUUUGGGCGUGCCAUUGCAAUGUUCCAUGCUAUUGACUCCCCAUAAUGGAAAUUUGUUAUUCGCAAAGCACAACACUCUCAAAGCCGAUUAUCUCUUUCACGGUAACCCAUACGAUCUUGGAGAAGGUACAUUGGGAUGUGGACGCAGGCCAGACGCAGCCAAGAUGUUCUUAAGUUGGAAAUAUUACGGUCGAUGUGGGCUGGGCGAUCGAAUUGAUCAAGCAUUGGCCACGGCAGAGAAAUUUGCCAAUAGAGUGAAAGAGAGAGCAUCGAGAGGAUUCAAGCUAGUCAAGGACCCAUGUCCUUUUCUUCAAGUAUGCUUUUGGUAUGUGCCUCCAGCUUUGGCAAACAAGCCGGUCGAUCAAAUCGACCUGUCAAAAAUUACUCGUAUACUGCAUAAGAAAAUCAAUCACAGUGGAGAAUUCAUGAUUGACUACGCUCCUUUGGAAGGAGUACCCGAUUUUUUUAGAAUAGUCAUCAAUGCCCCAACUGUAGAUUGUGAUAGAGAUCUCGUUAGACUUUUAGAUGCCGUUGAACGAGUUGCCAAAGAGGUUGAUUGGGAGAAUUAAAAGACAGUCACGAUUGAAACAAUCAAUCCGACGCAAUUUCGACAUAUGCGAAUUUUCCUGACACAUCUUUGGUACUGGAAUGCGUCACAUCUAAUGGCAGAAAAUCCGAUCGUUAUAUGUCGAGUGCGCGCCUUAUAUCCCUUCCAAUCGACCGAUCAGUCAUCUCUAUGUUUCAAGAAAGGAGACUUUAUAGAAGUGCUGGCUCAACUUGAGACUGGCUGGUGGGACGGUUGGUGCGAUGGCAAUCGUGGAUGGUUUCCAUCUAAUUAUGUAGAGGUUAUAGACGACGACGAGCUGUUGCCGCCUUCACCUUCUAUUACGCUCAACGCUCGUCAGAGUCUGGAUCAUGGCACAGCCGAUUUAUCAUUUGACCAAGAUC